CCUUGUUGACGAGUCGUCCAAAGAGAAGGAGGGGCUUCCGAUGAUUGCCCGAGGCAUGAGCUCCACCAGCAACCAGUUGACGCUCGACGAGGAGGUGGCGCCUUGGUACCUCCAAUGCCGAACCCCUGUCAAAACGGAAGACUGGUACCUGAACAUUCUGUCCCGGACACGCGCCCACCCUUCGUUCUCGAAAGUGUGGUCUCAAGAUCACAUGCAUUGGUUCAUCAAGAGCGUCCAGGAGACGAGAGAGCACGACCCGUCCAACCUCGACUGGCUCAACGCUUUCGUUGGCCGCAUCUUCCUCGGCAUCACCCACACAGCCUUGGUUGAGCAGGCAAUAUGCGCAAGAAUCACGAAGAAGCUCACGGCCCUCUCACAUCCGAUGCUCGGCCCAUUGGUGGCUACUGAGGUCAAUCUGGGUCAUAUUCCGCCGACGUUCUCGCGUGUCAAGCUCAAGAAGCUCAACGAGGAUGGUUCCAUCUCCUUCCAGGCACAUAUGGACUACAGUCAGCCGGACGAGCUGGAGGGGAAUGGCGUCCGUAUCACGAUUGAGGCAACACAGAUUGGAUUCAAAGCUGUGCUUGCCUUGAUAGUCACCAGUCUGUCCAGCGACGUAGAGGUAAUGAUCAAGCCCCCUCCGAGUAAUCGUCUCUGGUGGGCAUUCACACGUGCACCCAAGAUGGACAUGGUCAUCGAGCCUAUCAUUGCCGCGCGUCAGCUCAAUUGGGGCUACGUCCUCUCAUUCAUCGACAAGAAAAUUCGCGACGCAAUGACCGAGUCGGUUGUUCUGCCCAAUAUGGACGAUCUGCCGUUCUUCCCGACUAUGGGCAUGGCUAUCCGCGGUGGCAUCUUCAACGAAGCGAGCAAGUACGGGACAGAGCAAUCCCAGGAAAGCGGAUCCGAUUCGGCCAGCACCAAAUCGGAUAAAUCCGCCAAGUCCAUGCAGACCGCGCCUACCUCAAACGCGGGUUCCACUUCAAUGACGCAGCACAGCAACGCUUCUGACGUCGUGGUGUCUACGGCCACUUCCAACAAGCACCACGGCUUACGCCAUAGGAAUCAAAAUGGCGGUUCCGCCGCGCCGCACACUGAUAACGAGCCGGGGACGCGGCCGGUUGUCCGCGCUGAAACGUCCCCGGCCCUUUCCCAGCCGACGCGUAGCAAGACGCAGUCGUCGUUGAAGUUGUUUGGAUCUCGCCCGUCGUCUGUUCGCACCGACUCGGCUGCCACAACUACCACCGGUACCCAGCGCUCGGUCAGUGAGACGCCUCGAAACGUCAGCACGGACUCAAGCACGGCGCCCGCCGUUGACUCUUCGGCAAACGUGACUGCCGAGUCUUCCCAGGUGUCCCUGACUGGAGGGCCCAUCCUAUCCAUCCAGGAAACGAGCGACACGCCGCGCUCGCUCACGCCAAACGAGAGAGAGCAGUUGUCGCGAUCGGUCGACCUGUCCAAGCCAUCAGCGGCCGCGCCCAAGGAGCCUAAACCCAAAGAGACUAAGCCCCGGGAUCCCACGGCUGCAGUGGCUGGUGUCACGACAGCCUCCCUUAUUGAGGCCGUCCGCACCCGCGACAAGGCCCAAAUCCAGACGCAAGCCAGCAUUGCAAAGGAGGGCCUCAAGAAGUGGGGCGUUAACUUUGUCAACAACCGUCGCCGCCCUAACCAGCCUGAUGACGAUGGCGGGGCACAUGCUCACCACUCUUCGACCUACUAUGCCCCCUCGCCCGAGCGGGAGCAUCAGACGCAUCACCAGACCGCGCACCAGCAUCAGCAGCAUCAGCAUCAGCAGCAUCAGCAGCACCAGCAGCACCAGCAGCACCAACACCACGGUCCGCGCACGUCGCUACAGGAGCGUCUCAAUGCGGCCGCGCACGCCAAUGCUGUCGCUGCAAAGCGCGACAGCUCAGCGACUCACCGUAGAACGAGUUCCACAAACUCGCAAGAUCACACGACAUCAGGGGCAUCCUCCUCACUCCUUUCACAGGCCCUGCCGGCCAAGAGCGCGCCGGCCGUGGCAACACCCAUCAAGAGCGCGCCGCGCCUCCCCCUUCCCCCGCGCCCCGUCACCGAUGCGCACGGCACCUCGCCGCCUCCUGCAGCGCGCAUGGUCGUGCCCUCGGUACCCAAGCGCGCGGGCGUAGUUACGGGCAUUGGACACAACCCAGCCUCGUCGUCCGCGGAUGCGCUGGACCAGGUCGGCGCGAGUGCCAUGCCCAAGCCUGACGUUGCGCGCGCCGACUCAGACCCCGCGCGCGUCCAGUCCGCGCCCCCGGAUCCCGAGUUGGCGGUCUACCAGGCGCUCACGCCGCAGCCGGCCGUGACCGCGACGUCGGUGACGGCUCGCACCAAGGCGGCGGAAGGCGAGUCGCCCGCCCGUCAGUCGCUGCUUGGACAUGUGCGGAGCACCAGCAAUGGCACGAAUAACAGUGUAAACAGCAUUAGUACCACCAUCAGCAACGGGAAGGAGGGCGCGUAGGUCAACACGAAGAGCUCAUGCUUCAACGAUCAGGUAGAUUUCCCUGUAUGCACGGCCAUUUCGACGCGGCGGGUGAGUGCAGCGGCGCGGUAUCUUCGUUGUUGGUGGAAGUUCCAGUUACGGCCGAAGCAUGGCAAGUCAUUGCGGGGCAUAUUGAAGCCCGGAGGUGUGUUGCGCAAAGCAUAGCAGUCCGGCGUGAGAUGUAUCGGCCGGUCAUCCGCGCUCUCCCGUUUACAAGCGUGACUCGUCCUCAACCUCAACCUUUGGCUGGAAACGACUGGACGAUGAUGGCCGCAGCAAUUUCCAGACUGGUUCUUCCGCAAAAUCUUCGGCUCGGAAAAUGCCCGGAUAGAUUAUUCUACUCCGCAGCUCGAUCGAUGUGCAGGAAUUGAGUAUGGUCAAAGCCGCGAGAGGGGCUCCCUACUAAAAGUGC